GCAUCUCACAGUCACCGUUCGCUGUGAUGGGAGGGAGCGGAGAAUAGAUGGGCGUCUGCCUCGCUAGUUUAUUCAAGGAGGAAGAGAAAGGUAUGAGAGGGGCAGGGCAUGGAGAACAGAGGUAGGCUAGAUUAAAUACAAGUAAGGGGUCUCUUGCAGAUUCUUCUUAGAUCUAGGGCUGUUGACUAGUCUUUAUCAUAACCAACAGACUCCAAGGGAAAUCAUUGAAACAUUGUAUUCAUACUUUCACAUUAUAAUGCGGAAGGCAUGUCUUGUAAAGUGACAUGUCACGACAGAGCGAGAAUAUGAGCAAAUAGUCAGUCAAAAGCGAAGCAUUAAGAUAGGUUUAUACGGAACAACAACAAAAAAACAGAGGAGAGAAGGCGAACUAUGACCGAAAAUGAUUUCUGCUAAGAAAACUCCGGAAAAGAGUCGUUAUCCUAUUCACUAUAUGGUGUGGCACGACAAACAUCGGCAACUGGAGAAAGCGCUAUCAGCGAACGAGCAGGUGGAGGUGGAGACCCUGGACCCCCGGGGUCGGACUCCCCUCCAUCUGGCUGUCACUCUGGGUCACCUGGACUGUGCCCGCCUGCUCCUCCAACAUGGUGCUGACGUCAGCAAGGAGAACCGCAACGGCUGGACGGUGCUCCAGGAGGCAGUCAGCACACGAGACCCAGAGCUGGUGCGCCUAGUUCUGCAUUACCGUGACUACCAGCGGGCCACUAAGAGACUGGCGGGAAUCCCUGUCCUCCUGGAGAGACUACACCAGGCUCAGGACUUUUACGUGGAGAUGAAAUGGGAGUUUACAAGCUGGGUGCCGCUGGUGUCUCGUAUCUGCCCCAGUGACACGUACCGCGUGUGGAAGAGUGGCCAGUGUCUGCGCGUAGACACCACUCUCAUGGGCUUUGAUCAGAUGACCUGGCAGAGGGGCAACCGAAGCUUCAUCUUCCGGGGUCAAGACUCCAGUGCGGUGGUGAUGGAGGUGGACCACGACAGACAGCUGGUGUUCUGUGAGACCCUGUGUGUGUCCUCUCUGACGUCUCCCACCUCGCAGCGGGGCACUGCCGGCCUGGGCCUCCUGGGGGCACUACAGCCCAGCGGGGAGCAGGUGGUAGCCCGCCUCUCUGCCCCCGUGGUCACCACCCAGCUAGACACCAAAAAUAUCACCUUCGAGAGGAAUAAGACUGGCAUCCUAGGCUGGCGCAGUGAGAAGACAGAGAUGGUGAACGGGUAUGAGGCUAAGGUUUACGGCGCCUCCAAUGUGGACCUGAUCACACGAACCCGAACAGACCAUCUCAGUGAGCCACUCAAGGCUAAACCCAAAGUCGGUAAGACGCCCCUGCAAAACUUCCUAGGGAUCGCCGAGCAACACAUGGGGCCCAACAAUGGGGCCCUAGUGACUCAGAUGUCAUGUCCUGCCGUGACCAACCCCACAGCCCUGACAGCCGAGGAGUACUUCAAUCCCAACCUGCCCCUGGGCACCCGGGAUAUUGGCCACCCCUGUCAACUCACCACCAAGACUCAGAGGUUCAAGGCUAAGCUGUGGCUGUGUGAGGCCCAUCCACUGUCCCUAGCGGAGCAGGUGGCGCCCAUCAUUGACCUCAUGGCAAUCUCCAAUGCCCUCUUCGCCAAGCUCAGGGAUUUCAUUACCCUGCGACUGCCACCUGGCUUCCCUGUCAAGAUCGAAAUUCCUAUCUAUCACAUCCUGAAUGCCCGGAUCACCUUUGGGAACCUGAACGGGUGUGAGGAGGGGUCGGCGACAGGGCCGGGCCGGGUGGAGGGGGAGGUGGACGGACAGAAGGACAGCAGCCCCAGGACUGACACAGACACCCCCUCCCCAGGCAGCGACUCUUCUAGUGUCUCCAGCUCCAGCUCCACAACGUCAUGUCGUGGAGGGGAGAUCCCCCCAUGUGUGUUCGAGCCCCCUCAGGGUUACACUGUGCUGGGAGGCAACCAGAGGGACAACAACAUGCGUGGUGAUGAGGAGGAGGAUCUGCUGCAGUUUGCCAUCCAACAGAGUCUGCUGGAGGCUGGCUCUGAGUACGACCAGGUGACUAUCUGGGAGGCGCUGACCAACAGCAAGCCCAGCACACGUACUCUUCCCUGUGACCCCAGUCGCCUGCAAAGGACUCCCCAGCACAGGCCUUGCCCUCCAGCCAGCCUCUGUAACACGCCCACCAAGAAGCCCCCCACAACCUGCAGCUACGACCAGCAGCUCCGCCUGGCAAUGGAGCUGUCGGCGCGGGAGCAGGCAGAGGCCGAGCUACGGCGACGGCAAGAGGAGCAGGAGCUGCAGCGGAUCAUCCAACUGUCACUCUUGGAGAAAUGAGAGCCUGAUUGGCCAGAUGGGCUCUAGGAGGUAUGGGAGGAGGAGGAGGGUGGAGGUCCAGAGAGGGUAGUCAAUAAGUUCACUCUACUCCUGGCUGUGACAGCCAUGCUCCUCCGACCGUCCCAUAUCCCCUUUCCCACUGCGCUCCUUCAAUAAGAGCCUGUCUGUGUGGCACAACAGGGCUCUACAGUGCUGAUACAGCUACAGUACAGACUCACUACUCUCUGGUGCCACUCUGCACUCGCAGUCAGUGCAAGUUUACAACAAGAAACAAGAAGAAACACUUUUAAUGAAAUGCUACAUUGACCGACCACAUCAGUGGGGCUAGGAUAAUACAAAUUGUGUUUGUGUUUGUGUAGGCCAUUCUUUAAUAAAUGGUCCUGUGAUUGGGGUAUAGGGUUUGUGUCCACUUCACAGAACUGGGUCGUAUUCAUUUGGCACCAACGAAAGAAAAUGUAAUAAAACAGGGAUGGACUACCUGAAAUUGUCCAAUAGAAACACUUCUUUUUGUUUACCAUUGCAAAUCAUUCUGCUAUAGUGUGCCCUAAUGAAUACUGCCCUCUGUGUGAGUGUCAGGUUGGUCAAGUGGGGUGGGAUGUUGAAAUACUCUGUUACUUCCUCAUUUUUAAUAGAUUGCUACAUCCCCCCCCUUUCAUUUGCACAAAAUCGAGACGUACUGUAAUUAGACUGUGGAUGGACACUUGAUGACUGUUAAUGGUUCUAAUAAGUAGAGAGAUAGAAUAAUAACCCUAUUGAGUUAAUGUUAAUAUGAUAACACUAUGACAGGAGUAAAGGUUAAUAUAAUAACACUAUGACAGGAGUUCAUGUUAAUAUGAUAACACUAUGACAGGAGUUCAUGUUAAUAUGAUAACACUAUGAGUACAUGUUAAUAUGAUAACACUAUGACAGGAGUAAAGGUUAAUAUAAUAACACUAUGA